AUCUUAUCGAAUCUUCACGUAGAAGUCUUCAACCUAUAAAACGAAUUGUCCCGCUGUCGACUGUUCAUAUAAAGGGCAAAACAGCAAAGUUCUUAGUUCGAACAGUAAAAACGCCUUCACGUUAACUCAAUAUUUUGCAAUCAAGUUGAUCUCUCGCGCUAGGAGAGGACGUAAACAAUCGAGUCCGGGCUUCGGCGGCUACUUGCAAACUGGCAGCCAAAGAUGAGCCGAGUAGAAAUGUAAGUAACAGCUAUCUAGGACGCACGCAUGAACAACAUAUCAAAAAUGCUUUAACUAUCCUAGCUACAUAUAAUAUAUUGCUCUACACAGGAUGUAUUAUAUAUUUUAUUCGCUUCAUGUUUAUCAGUUCUGUGCCUUUCCUAGUCAUUAGUAGCUUCGCGCGUAGCACUGAUCAUCUAUCGAAUAACUUUUAUAAAGUUGAGUCGUCAUUUUAUAACUCCUAUAGAUCUUAUUUUGCAUGAAUAGCUAUAGACUGAAGUUUAGAGAUUUUCCUCAAGAUGAUCGACUAUCGACACAUUAAUCAUUUUUCUAACGGAUCUAGAUUGACGUGUCGGUUUUGAUGGCGGAGCAAUACAGUUCAUUGGAAACAGUGGAAAAAAGAAAGUUGUUCAACUUCUGACUAAUGCCACGAUUUGAAAAAAGAACUUAGUCUACUAUUGAAAAAAAGAAGAUAAAAUACAUACAAAAUUUUAUCUUUAUUUUCGUUGGAGAUUGUUUACGAAGUUCAGUAAUCUAAUAGCACUUAGCAUACCUUAGUUAUUUUUUCCACAUUAAAGAUUAAGCAAGGUUAAGAUAGGUAAGAAAAUGUUACUACCGAACUAUUAUGUUGUGGAUAUAUGUGUCUUCUUUGAUCAACUGUCAAGUUCACUUGCCGUCAUCGUUCGUAUGUAAUGUUUACAGGUGUAUAUAUAUCUAUAAUGCUUGUGGUGUCCACUACCAUUCGAUCUACUGUCUUCUGCGAACCGUCGUGUUGCAACUAACGCCAGACGACCAAUUUUAUGAAGUAACUAACAGGUAAUCGUGGGUUGCUGCGUACAAUUAAUUAAUGGCUCGUAUGCUGUCCUGCUCCGGACCUAACAUCGGCUAGAUCUGACUACUGGCAAGCGACUGCAACAUUAAUUAGUAAGCCGUUACCUUCACUCGUCCUCCGGUUAACUGCCUACUUACUCAGCUACCUGACCGAACGACAGGGAUAACACGACAUUUCCUGCUGCCUGUCACAUGAUUGUCGUGGUGCGUUGCAAGGUUCUUUCGAUUCUUCAAGCUUUGUUACCCAUUUUGCCGCACACAUUUAUCGAUACGCAUGCGGCUGUUUCUUUCUAUGCUUCCGUUAAGUUAUUAUAUUACAUGAAAAUUCCUUAGUCACCACUUUUUGUCACCAAAAUUGGUGCAUCAUGACAAUCUUCGUCCCUGUGCCAUUUAUCGGAUUCGCCAGCAAUAGACACUUUCAACACAGUCUCUAGCCAGAUGCUCCACCCAAAUCACGCUCAUAUGCCUCUUCCCGCGCCGUUCGAAGUAGACGACAUCGUACAGCCGUCGAAUAGGUGGGCAGACGGCCUUAGCCCCGCUAGCCUGCUUGUCCGCAUUAGUGGCCUAUUCUGCUGCCUGCCUGACUAAUUCAAUCCUUCAUGUAGCACAAACAGCAUUUGUUCACAAACUACACUGAGAAAGAGAAAGCGGCAACGGCAGACUCUAGCAAGCGCGUUGUGCCAUCCCUGCGCCGGCUGUUGCUGCUGCUGCUGUGGCAGCAGCACCAGCGGCAGCACCUUUCUGUCUACCGUCACUGUGUGCAUUUGUCUGUCUGUCUGUCGUGUCUAUUAUAGGCAACGACGGUGCUUUACUACUAACUGUAUCUACCGUGUACGACUCCUAGACGCUACUGUUUAUAGUGAUCGUCGUCGUCGUCAUCGUCGUCAUGGUAGUGGUAGUGCGCUGGUGGCGAUGACUGCGGCCGAGGCUCUGUUGCCGACUGUAGGUGUUAUCGUGCUCGCAAACAAUCGCUAUUGCUUCUCUUUUUCUACGCUGGCUGUUCAGAGCCGUUGUCGAUCUGCUGCGUGGCUGUUCUCAGGGAGGUGCUGCCGCUGCCGCCACCCUUAGCGGCCCAAAGAACAGGAACUCCAGCAGUGAAGAAGAAAUCGAAUCGAUUUUCUAUGCGCCGUGUGCCGUCGGCGAGCCCGCAUCUGCUACUCCUUUCGUACAGCUGCAACUGUUGCUGAUGUUGUUAUCGUUAUCGUUGUUAUCAUAGCCAACAGCAGUCUCAGUUCCUCUCUCAAGUGAACGGCAUUUGUAUAAUGGAAACGUUCAGUAUCUAAUAAUAUAAUAAUAACAAUAAUAAUAGCCAUAAUCAGCAGUGCUAGCACCGCAAGUGGCCGUUAGCCAGGAGACUGAGUGCAAGAGUAAGUGCAUUCGUGCGUUCUAACAAACCGCCUGUACCCGAAGGAAAGUGCGCGUGCCACCAAUGCAGUCGCGGCGGGGUCUACCGUGUACAAGAAAUCAACAGAUUCCGGCCGAUAGCGUUCACGACCGUUCACCAUUGCGGCCGGCACCGCCGUCUCUCGAGAGCUAAAGGAAUCGUCGAUCAGUUCGCUUGAAUAUUGUCUGUCAAAGCAAAGCGCCUUGUUUGUGUCCGAUCUAGUCACUCUUGUAUCGAAUGGCUACGACAAAAUGAAACACGAAGCCGGGCCAGAGGCAAAAAAGAAAGGAAGCACAGCAAAGGUGGACCCAUAGAUCGGACAUCACACCAACCUUGUAACCGCUAUCGCCCGCCACGGAGUGUUGUUGCGGAGCGCUCCGGAACAUAAUCAUUAUUAUCUAUUCUACCGCUAUGAUUACAAUUAUGGCCAUGGUGCUGUGCGCGCAUCGUCUUACCAACAGGACAGCAUAAGAAGCGUUGGUAGGAUCAGAAUAGGCCAAGGAAACAUUUCAUACAGUGCGCUCGAAAAUUCAAUCGGCCUCAACAGCAAUAGUAAUGAAAGCUCAUAGUGUACCGACACGACGGCGCAAGCUAUCGUCACUGGCGUUGUGAUGGCCUAUGUCAACGUUGAUCUAUCGCCUGUUGCUGUGUUGUUGAAGUGUGGGAGACAAAAAGGGACGAAGCUAGCUAUUACAGCAUCCGCAUUGUCACUGUUAUCUAGCCACUUGAAUUAAUUGGUUUGUUUGAUUAUUGACACCGCUGUCGCUGCUGUGGCCACUGAAUCUAGCAUACGGUACCUGCACCAAUUGUUUGUUGGUGUUGGACCUUUUCGCUCUUCUUCGUUGCCUUCAUUAUUAUUGUCGUCAGCAGACAUACGAUAGUGAUGCCACUCAUCGUUGCAGUUUAUUACCGCCGGUAGUAUUGGUAGCGCUAGAGUCGCUGCACCAGUCACGAUUUCGGUGAUGGCGCCGAAAAACUUGUGAGGCCUUUGUAAUAAAAGGAAAAAGUACGUUAGCUGACACAAGUGGUCAUCGUAACCAUCAUUAUUAUCAUCAUUGUCAUCGUGUUUUGUUUUCGUUGUUCAUCAUGACGUGCUGUAACAAUAUGUGCAUCUAACUAGCUGGAAAGAACGAGGAAUCAUCAGAUAACAACGAUAAUCAUCUGUUGUUACAUGAAGGUGAGAGCCGGUAAUCAGGUGCUUCCAUAAUCGAAUUGAAAAGUGUUUAUCAGAUCAUUUACAGGCAUAAAGCGGUGUGGCUGUAAAUGUGAAGGUUCUGCGUUCGAUUUCCGCAUGCGUUCGAAAGUACUGCGUGUGUUGCUAUGUAUUGUCAGGAUGUGUUCUGGUAGUAUAGGCUGUUAAGGUGGCGAAGGCCGCGGUGGUAUCUUACGCCAGUGGUGCCAAAUCAAACGGAUAGGACAAGCACGGAGGGGUGGUAAAGUAACGCAAGACUGACAAGCACAACUUGCUAUACGAUCGCAACUUGUGUAAAGUAAGAAACCAAUAAACAAGAGAGAGAGAAACUAAGAGAAAGAGAUGCUUCCUCUGGAGAACACUAAUACAAGGAACGAUGGUGACCAUCAUUCUCAGGAUUAUGCAUGGAACGCCCAAUGCUGUUACCAUCACGGCAUCUGGUCAGUCGACUAACCAAAAGCGUUUUUUAGAGAGAUCUUCAGCCUGAAAGCCCUUACUAGUUUCCUCUAAAAACAUAGAGAGCAUACUCAGUAAACGGAAAGGUGUUCUCGCUGCAUUGAGACCAACCACUCCGAGGUCGGAUCAACACCAUUGCGGAAACACAGAACGUCCACGACGCAAAACUUUCGUUUUAAUGAAGGCGUCUAGCAGAAAAAACAAUAAUACCAGCGAAAAAUUAAGAAUCUACGAAUGAAAAUGUUUUAACCGACGAUCAAUAGAAGAUUAAAAAAUUACGGUUAAAAGAACAACAACAACAACAAAAUGGCACGCGAACCCGUUGUUCUCAACGUCUACGAUAUGUACUGGACAAACGAGUGGACGUCACACCUCGGUGUCGGAGUUUUUCACUCAGGCGUGGAGGUUUAUGGGACAGAGUACGCCUAUGGAGGACAUCCAUUUGCCUUCACUGGCAUAUUUGAGAUAAUACCGAAAUUCGCUGAAGAGUUGGGUGAUAACUUCAAAUAUAAGACGUCGAUCGUUUUGGGCCAGACGGAUUUUACUGAAGAUGAAGUACGUAACCUAGUAGAAGGCAUGGGUGAUGAUUUUCGGGGGGAUCUCUACCAUUUGAUGAACAAGAACUGUAACCACUUUACCGGCGAACUUGGCAAGAUUCUCUGCGGAAGUGAGAUCCCGUCCUGGGUGAAUCGUCUGGCGUAUCUCAGUUCGCGGGUGCCGUUUCUGCAAAGGUGCAUCCCUAAAGAGUGGCUGACCCCCGUGGCCCUACAACAAAGCAUCGAGGGACACCAGCAAGGUUCAAAUUCUCCUCUACAUCCUACAGUACGGAGUCGAACGUCUUCGUUCACGAACUCGAGGGACUCCGGAGUUCCGCCUUCUCCCUCUUCGUUACCCCACCCUGCGCCGAAUGAACGGCGGAUCUGAAUCAGCAUACCCGUUGACGAACACGAUGCGUGGCCGUCCUCCAGUCGGACACCAACAACACCUCGGCAGCGGCUGCUACAAGAAAGACGACUUACACAAAUGCACCUCUAUAACAUUCUGCAUACCUUAACAAUCCUACUUAUGACUCUGCCAAAAACGAGCUCCGCCACAGAUUCCGCAAGUCGUCGUAGGUUUAGAAUCACAAAAGCGAUUUGCCGUUGUAGCACUUGGCUUACUCUGGAUUACUUGGAAGGAGAGCGCUUUAAGGAUUGUGUAACAUAAAAGCUGGCUGUUUGACGACAGCUCGGUUCUGUAAAUAAACAAUUCUGUACACAUUGUAGAAGGAAAUGAGCUAUAGGAAAGUACUAUAAUACUUGUGUAGAAGAUACUCAGUUACAUGGCGCCAAUGGUCGUGGCUUUCAGUGUGAGUGGCAUAGUUUGUUAGCUGGAGGUUCAUAAUGCCAUGAUAUCGUCAUAGUUAGACAAGUGACUGCCUUAUUCUGGUUUAUAAAAAAACAGCAUGUAAACUGGAGAAAAAAGUAAAGUUGUGACAGCUAUAAUAGAUAGCGCAGCAUCCCGUGGUGAUAACGUUAACCCUAUAUGGUAACACUGUCUUUACACAGGAGCCAAAAGCACAAGUAAUGGAGUAACAGGUACUACGAAUGUAACGUAGGUUAACAAAACGGAUAUCUGAUGAACUUGAUUAAUUUUAGAAAGUCAAUGCCAACCUGUAACUAUACUUUGACCGUGUUUGCAAAAUAAAAACAUUGCUAAUUAAUUUUCGCUUCGACAUGAGCUUCAUCGACGAUAAGCACCACACGUUCAAUGAAUCUCUAGCGAGCCUCUAGAACUCUGUGGAGUUGAUUAAUUCCAACAAAUAUCAACUUUACGCCGAUUAUGGUGCGUACUUUAUUCAUAUAUGUUUUGACCCAUUUAUUUUUCCCAUUCUAGAUACAAAGCGUCUUCCUCUUCAUAUAUCUUUGAAUAAAACAUUUAAUUCCUUUAUGCUAGAUUCUAAUUUGUAUAGGAGGAUUGUCGCAUACUUGGCAGACACCUUGCGUCUUUAGACAGAAUCUUAAAAGUCUUUUCCGGGAAUCUCACAUGUGCAUUUGCUAAAAUUGCCAACUGCCCCUCAAACGCAAUGUUCAUUAUAUCGAUAUAUCUUCCAUACGUCACUUGCCUCGCAACGGCUGUCUUAGUUUUAAAACUUCUCAUCUAUGGAAGCAAACAUUAUAAUCUUCGUAAGAUUUCUUGCCGAGUCACAUCUUUUACGUCUCCGUUAUUCGUAAUGUUUUACGGCAGAAUCGUUUAUAGAUAACCCAGCAAGUACGUUUAUUCUAUGAUAUUAAUAAAACUAUACGAGACUACGCAUACCACACGCGUUAACUUCAUUAAAUUUCAAGGACGGACUUGUUUUUCAUCCCGAAUACGUGGAAAAUCGAAUGCAAAAGAGAACAAUUUUCCGAGUUUUGUAUACAAACAAAUAGAUACAAUUUAACAAAUUAUAUAAAUACAUAUGUAAACGACCACAUUUAUUUAUAGGGUGAUCUAUUAACUGGAUAAAACUGCCUCUUGUGCGGUUCGGAAAGAGCGGCUAUUUUAGCCCAAAAUACACAUACAUAUACAUAGAAAUCACGUAAAGAAGAGAGAAUGUAUAACCACUGGUUAGAUGAUAACACGUGUUACGUUUGAUAAAUAAUAUGCUUACUAUCGUAAAUGACUAUAAUAUAUAUAAAACUAUUGAUAUAUAUGACUAUAAUAUAUAUAUAUAUAUAAAAUUAGGAGAAAACAAUUAUAUGUAUAUGUAUGUAUAUAUAUGCAGACUCUCCACAAAGCGGAUCGGGUAGUCUAUAUUUCCUUGAAUCCCUCCGCUGCCAUCAUAUUUCGAGCAAUCACGACGUUCAGCAGCUAGAGACUGGCAAAAUAACCGGGCAUAAGGGUAUUAUAUACCUACAACCGGUCAAAACCGGAAACACAUUGAUUGUAAUUAUAUAAUUUAUACGUCCGUUUCUAUAUAUAUAUAUAU